AUGGCAGAGACAGGGACAGGUGCACGUAGAGAGGCUGGUGCAGGUGCUGGUGCAGGCGUGGGCGCAGGCGUGGUGCAGAGGCAUAGCUCGGGGCUGGAGUACCUGGGGCUGGAGCAUGCGGCGACAGGCGCGCUGGCGACGGUCUUUCUCCACGGGGCGCACGUGACGGCGUGGCAGCCAAAGGGCAAGGAUGCUGAAUCGGUGCUGUUUACAUCAGAGGCUGCAGUGUAUGCACACGAUGCUGCCAUCCGUGGCGGCAUCCCGGUCUGCUUCCCGCAGUUUGCCGGUCAGGGCCCACUCGGCAAUCACGGCUUUGCUCGCAAGGCCACGUGGACGGUUGCCGACGCAUCUCCGAGCGCAGUGACCCUUGUGCUCACCCACGAGUCGGACGGAGUGCCACCGGGAACGCUCCCGUUCUCUGCCGAGUACUGUGUCGAGCUAACCGACGACAAUGCGCUUCGGCUGGCGUGGGCGGUGACCAACGGGCGGGAGGAGAACACGUACGACCAGGCUGUCCAUGAGCCGCUGGCCAACGCGCUGGUCUUUACCGACGCGCUGCACACAUACUUUGCGGUUCCGGAUGCGGCGCAGGUCCGGGUUUCCGGCCUCGGAGGCGUGGUGUACGUCGACAAGACCGACGGUAUGGCCAUCAAGACUUGGCCAGCUGACUCCGACAUCAGCUUUGCAGGCGAGGUCGACGCCGCCUUUCGGCGCGCGCCACUCACGCUGGCCAUCACCGACGCGGCCGGCGAGACCCUGUUUGACAUCGAGCGCACCGCUGGCUUCCGUGAUGUGGUGGUGUGGAACCCGGGCGCCGAGCGUGCCGCGACCAUGGCCGAUCUUGCGCCCGGUGAUGCCGCUCGGUUCAUCUGCGUCGAGGCCGCCAACGUCGAGCCGGUUGUUGUCCAUCCUCAGGACACACAUCGGGCAGAGCUCACGCUUCGUAUCGGCAGCUGGUAGUGCCCCUGCACCGCGAUGACGUCACCGCGAGGGCAGCGGCAGAGUACAAUCGCAUUACCGAAC